AUGUGGUCGUUUUCCAAACUUGCGAUUCGCUCUCUUGUGAGCUUAUCGAUCUGCUCCUACGCUACGGCAUCUACAUCUACUGCCGAUCCCAUCAUCCAAAAUGCAAACCACAUUUUCAACGUGAUUCACGACUCCAUGCGCCAAUGGGGCUCCUCGCUUCAUCACAAUGGUGUCUCUUUCUUCCUCGCGACUGUCCCAGCUGGCACUCAGUUGUAUCACGGCACCUCGAACCCGGGCACGGUGACCGGCAUGGAAUGGCUCGCGUUUGAACCAGAGCAUGCGAUGGUCUUUGCUCGACCUCACCGAGGCCCUCCUCCCCCUCCACCAGGUGAUAAUGACAACAACGACGGAAGUGACGAGGAGCUAGAGAACCGACACCACGAAGAACUACGUCGUCGCUAUGGUCAAGGACUGCCGCCUCCUGGAGACUCCGACGAGAACGACUCGGGAUAUCUUCACACAUAUGCUGCCGCCAAGGAUCUAAGACUCGUUUAUAUCGACGGUAUGUCGGCUGGCAAAACGAACAAGGGAACGCUCGACUCGCAAGAUUACGUCUUGUUCAACGGUACUAUCGAGGAAUUCUCGCAGGAUAAGAAGCCACGCCGCGGCCCUGGCGGUCCCCCAGGAGAGAAAGACCGCGCGGUCAAGGCGUGCGAAAUGGCUCAAAAUGAGUGGGAAGGCAAAAUCGAUGGCGUUCUUCGCAUGGAAGCUGGUUUCGAAAUUAUUCUUUGUUCGUUCGAGCGUGACUUGACGCCUGUUCGGACCACACAGGUGAAAAAGGAUACAAGAGAGGGCGGCAAGCGCAAAGAUUUCCCCAAACCCCAUGGUCCUCCCGGUGGCCCUCCUGGUGGUGACAAGAAGAGAAAAGGCCCUGGCCCUGGUGGACCGGGACCGGACUCUUCGCGCUGGAUGCGCGCAGUGACGGCUCGGUAUGAUAGCAUUGGCGGAAACCGAGUGUCGUUGAACUAUGAUCAUUUCAUUACGGCGUACUCACACGAUUUCGAUCUGUUCGCCAAUGACUCCGUCUUGCCUCGUCUGGCAUAUCUUUCAUCCACGGACCGAACGGCAAUCCGCGACGAAUUGACCAGCCUUAUCCUGAACAACGACCCCAAGGAAUCCUCAUGGAACUGGCAAGCUACUGCUGACAUGAUCGUUACGCGCUACUCCGAUGAACUGUCCUAUCUUGCAUCUGACAAGUUUGCGGAGAUCAAGGCAUUCCGCGAUCACAUUGAAAUGCUUCUAUCACCUUUCAUCGAUUACAGCGAGCGAGAUAUCUCCGAAGAGGCCGAGAGGUGUGCCGCACAGCUCUUGCCGCUUCAAACCCAAAAGGAACAGACUUUGCCGGCCCGCGCUGUGCACUAUGUUGCGCACAGUGUUUGCUUGGCGUUGCUUGAGGCUGGGAAUGAGGAGAAGCUUAGUCUUGCGCAAAACAGAGUCCGUGUCUUGAUCAAUCAUCUGGACUGGACGACUUGGAAAGAGUGCCGCGGUUGUCAAGAUAAUGAGAUAUGCGUCAUCCCGAUCUGGCCUAUGGGUACCGUAUCUGAUUACAACAGCCCCAAGUGCAGAGAUGCGUCCAAACCCUACGAGGGAGAUGAUGGGGAGGGUUAUUGGGGUGGGAUGCAUGGGUGA